CCGGCUGCCAUUUUAAGGUGAACAAAGCGGCGGAGGAGGCGGCAGGGAUGUUCACCAAGAAACCCUACGACAGCUCCUACGGGCCGCCCCCCGCCUCCUACGGGCCGCCCGCGGGCGACUACGGCUACGACUUCGCCGCCCGCUCGCCGCCGCCGGGCUCCUACUACAUCGAGGACGUCCCUCAGCAUUUCUACAAGUGGUCGUCGCCGCCGGGGCUGGUGCGGCUGCUGGAGGGCGCGGUCAUGCUGCUGUGCAUCGCCGUCUUCGCCUGCGUGGCCUCCACCUUGGCCUGGGAUUACGGUUACGGUUACGGCUAUGGCGGCGCGCUGGGCACCGGCCUGGGCGGCUUCUACGGCUCCGGUUAUUACGGCGGCGGGGUGAACUACGGUUACGGUUACGGCGGUUACUACGGCGGCGUCGCCAACCCGCGGGCGGCCAACGGCUUCAUGAUCGCCAUGGCCGUGCUUUGCUUCCUGGCCCAGCUGGGGCUUUUGGUGGCCAGCCUGAGCAAGGCCAGCGGUUCGCGGUCGCGGCGUUUCUACCUGGUGGUCAUCGUGGCGUGCGCGGUGCUGGCCUUGCUGAUGUUGGUGGCCAGCAUCGUCUACGUGGUGGGGGUGAACCCGCAGGCGCAGAUGAGCGGCGGUGGCUACUACUACAGCCCGCUGCUGGCCAUGUGCAGCCAGGUGUACGCCGGCGGCACCGUGCUCAACCAGUACCUGUACCACUACUGCACCGUGGACCCGCAGGAGGCCGUGGCCAUCGCCUGCGGGUUCCUGGCCGUGCUGCUGCUGUGCCUCAUCUGCGUGCUGGCGCACAAGACGCGCAGCAGGAUCUGGAAGUACGGAAAGCACAACAUCCACUGGGACCGGCCCCCCGCGGGGCCGCAGGGCGCCGACGUCGAGGAGUGGGUGAAGAACGUGUCGGGCGGGACGAGCGUUCCGGACGAAGCCGCCACCGUGGCGUACUCGGAGAAGGGCGGGACCCCCGGGCCGGCCCCUCCCUACAGCCCCCCCUCGUACAGCGACCCCCCCGUGAAGGGCUGGAAAAGUGACGUCCCCCCUGAUGUCCCUAAUAUCCCCAAUGUCCCCAAUAUCCCCAAUGGCCCCAUGUCCCCCCUGAUGGCCCCAGUGUCCCCAAUAUCCCUGAUGGCCCCAUGUCCCCAGUGA